AAAUAAUUUCGUUGAAAAUAUUAACAAAAAAAAAUAAUUAUUAAUUACAUAAUAUUGUUUGUCAUUUUAUUAUAUUAAAAUUACAACAAUAACAACAAAAAUGAUUAAGCUUAUAUUUACGAUAAUUGUUUUGCUAAAUUAUUUGUAUCUAGCUGAAUCUAGCGAUUGUAAACCAGCAGCAAAUAAAUGUAAAAAACUAUUUGAAUUGGAGGCGGACGGGGGUACAUUCAAGGAGUGGGCUAUCAAAAAAUGUCCUACUGAUAAAACAAUUAUACCACAAUCGGAAGUUGAUGAGUAUAAAAAAUGUGUUACAACACAUCUAGAACCUUGUUUGAAAACCGAAUUAUUGAAAAAUGUUUUCAUUAAUCUAUUAUCGAAAUUUGAUUUAACAAAAGUUUGUACGGAAGCCGAACAAAGCAAAGUCCAAAAAUGGGUUAUGGAUAUUAUUGAAAAUCAUACAAAUGAAUUAGAAAAAGAUGAUGAAAAUCAAUGUUCAAUACUAAGACAAGCAUUGACUAAUGUUAAGAAUUGUGCACAUUUUUAA